GGUGGGCAGAAGGCUGAGGCUGCCUGUCUGCUCCUGGGUGGGCACCCACACCAGGGAUCUGACCUUGCAACACUUUGUCAUUGCUCAGUGAUAGAAGGGAAAUGGCAAGCAAGAAGAAAGAAGUCCCACUCCAGAUCAUAAUAACCAGUCAAGACCAGUGGGAUGAAAUGCUGCAGACAAAUGGUAUAGUAGUAAUAGAUGUGUAUCAAGCUUGGUGUGGUCCUUGCAAAGCUGUGCUGAAUGUACUGAGAAAACUGAAGAAUGAUUUUAGUGAAGACAAUGUGCUAUACUUUGCCGUGGCAGAGGCUGACAGCAUUGAAACUCUGAAACCAUUUAGAAAUAACUGUGAACCUGUGUUUCUUUUUUGUGUUUAUGGCAAAAUUAUUGAUAUAGUGAGAGGUGUAAAUGCUCCUCUUAUAAUUAAGAAAGUAACAAAUCUAGUGGAAGAAGAGAGGCAAAUUGCAGCUGGAGAGAAGGAACGCACUGAGGUAGAUGAACUUGUUUUUCUAGAAGAAAAGUCAUCAGAAGAGACUAUUGAGGAGACUGCAGAUGAGGUAGAAGAAAUCCUCAGAUAUUCUGUUGGAAUUAUAAAACCUAAUGAUGUCUUAGAGGGACGUGUAGAAGAAAUUAAACAAAAGAUUAGAGAAGCAGGAUUUGACAUUAAAGCAGCAGAGGAGAAAGUGCUAACUGAAGAGCAAAUCAGAGUGUUCUAUGCCCGGAAUAAAGAACAGCCUAACUUUGAGGAGUUUGUUCAAUUCAUGAUGAGUGGACCAUGCCAUGUUUUGGUAUUCACUAGAAAAGAAGACACUGAUGCUAUUCCUCACUGGAAAGAACUACAUGGAACACAUGACUCUGAGUCUGAGAAGCCAGAGAGUGGGCAUGCACUUGCGGAAGCUGAGAGUCUAGUAAAUCUAUGCGACGUGCAAGACAGUGUCGAAGAUGCCAGCAGACAACUUGGUUUCUUUUUCCCGAAUUUUCAUAUACAUAAAACAGAUCAGCAAGUUGAAAAGACUUUGGCCAUAAUUAGACCUAAACUCUUAAAGGAAAGACGAAAUUCUAUCAUGCAAAGGAUAAAGGACGAUGGCUUCAAAAUAGCAAUGCAGAAAGAAAUAGUCUUAUCUGAAGAACAAGUACGUACAUUUUACAGUGAGCAUGUAAAUGAAGACUACUUCCCAGUCCUUCUAGAGCAAAUGACCAGUGGUCCAACUCUUGUAUUGGCUCUAACACGAGAAAACGCUGUAGCACACUGGAGAAGUUUACUAGGCCCAAAGACUCUUGAAGAGGCCUGCAAAGAAAAUCCAGACAGUUUGCGUGCACAAUAUGCAGUCGACAACGUACCUAUUAAUCAGCUGCAUGGCAGUUCUACACCUGAUGAUGCUCAGAAGGAAUUAGAGUUUUUCUUCCCUCAGGAACAAACUUUUGCAUUAAUCAAACCUGAGGCUGCUAAGACUCAUAAAGAUGACAUUAUGAAAAAAGUUAAAGAGGCUGGAUUUAGCAUCUCGAAAAUAAAAGAACAAGCUUUAACUCGUGAAAUGGCUGCACAGUUUUACAAGGAUCAUGAAGGAAAACCCUUUUAUGAACAGUUAGUGUCUUGUAUGACCGAGGGUCCAUCAGUGAUAAUGGUCUUAUCAAAGGAAAAUGCUGUUGAAGAGUGGAGGAAACUAAUGGGUCCAACUGAUCCAGAAGAGGCAAAGAAGACCUGUCCUGAAUCAAUUCGAGCUCAGUUUGCACAUGAUAUUUUGUCUAAUGCUGUUCAUGGAUCAUCUAAUAGGGAGCAUGCACUGAAAAGCAUUCAGUUUGCAUUUGGAGAGAUUGAUACGAACUAAACAAUUAAGAUGCAAUCUCUGGAAAUUGAUGUUCAUGUCAUUAGAUGCAUUUAUCUACCUAAUAAUCUAUAUUUAAGACUACAUAAACACACGUAUUUUUCUUCAUACUCAAUCCAAUUUUAAUAAGGCAGGUUUUUUUUUUCAGCUUUUCCAUAUUGGAGAGCAUAUAUCGAUGUAACAAGUAGUGCCUGCUAGAAGUUUGUCAUUAGUAAUGAUUUCUUUAGGUAUGCUUAGUAGAUAGUUGGGGUUUUUUGUCACUUUAACAGAUUUAUGCCUUUCCAAUAGUUUCAGGAUUUUAAGGUGUUUUGUAUGUAGGUACCUUAAAAAAAACAGGGUCAAGGAAGGUGAUUAAAAUACUAUCAGUAGCACAUAUAUUGUGUCAAGCCCUACAGUUCUAACUGAGAGCCAAAUGGGGCUCCUGGGCUCACUGGCCAACUGUAUGUGUGUGCAUCCCUGGUGAGGCUGCUCUGGGCUAUUAAGACCUGUUGGUUCCCUCAGGGCCCUGAAAAACAUUUGCAUUGUUUGUUUAUCCUUCCCCUAAAUAACUUCUAACAAUUACUGUCGCAGGUUAGAUAAUAAACCACAAGGUCCUUUCCAGCCCAUUUACUCAAUUCAAAUAUAUCAAAGAAAUUAAAAUACAAAGCCAGCUCUUACAUAGCAGCUAUUCUUGACAUAUCCCUCUUUGCCAAACUAGUGAAUUCAUAUCCUGUCCAGUCUAACUUGGCUGGCCUCCAUAAAGAACACAAAUAUUAUUCUGCAGCUGAUAUAUUCUCACUUUUGCUGUCUGAGCCUCUUGAAAGCUGAGAUACUAAAGAAUGGCAUUCAAUUAAAGCAAUUUACUUAUGGUGUUGAUUUUAAGUGCAAAGUCCAGAAAUAAUGAAGUCUUUCUCACACGUUCUUUACUGUUCCUAUUGUAUUUAAUACAACUAGCUGUUUUAAAAAGCUUCCUGACAAAUAUUUCUGUUAUGAUGGGGCAUUUGUUAUUAUAGACAUUCCUCCAGCAGAAGUUGGACCGAGCAUUCUCCUGGUGACCCAUUUUCACCUACAGCUACUUUACUGCCAUAAACUCAGCUUGAGGCUACCUAACCUGUAGGAAGUUAUGAUUAGUGCAGAAUUUAUAUGCCACCUCAGUGAGGUGACUUCUGAGAAGCAUAAUUCAGGACUGCUGUAUGUUCUUUGGCUUCUCUUUUACCCAUUAAAACUGUUCUUCCUGGCUUUAUUUCAGCACUCAAGGUCUUUUGGGGUGCUGGCAUGUUGUACUUUAAACCACGAAGCAGCCUCAGAGAAGGCCUGAGUAGGGCAAUUUCAGAUACAUCAAUUCUGCACAUUUCCUGAGAUCUUUGCUGGAGCUAAUGGCUUCUCCAUCGAUGGGGCAAAUACAAUGUUGAAAGUU